AUGCCAUCGGUGCCCACUCGAGCGGGCGACGUUUCAUAUGUCGUCCAGGGUAAAGGGCUGCCAGUGAUUUUGUUGCACGCAACGCUUCACGACUGCCAUGACUUCGACUCCAUUGCUGGCAAGCUCGCAGUGCACUACCAAACAAUUGCUGUCGACUGGCCAUGGCAUGGGGAUUCGAAAGGACCAUCGACGGGAAAUUCACCUACCAUCCACAGGCCCAGCGCCGUCGAAUUUGCCGGAGUCUUGGAGGAUUUCGUGUCCGCGCUGGAUUUGCCUCCCGCGGUGAUCAUUGGGAACUCCGUGGGGGGAUUCGCCGCUGCGCGACUAGCGAUUUCCCAUCCCAGUCGGGUUCGUGCGUUGGUUCUGGUUAACUCAGGAGGAUUUAUAGCCUUGAAUCACGUUGCCCGGUUCCUAUGUUACCUGCUGGGAUUUCCAACGAUGUCGCGCUUUAUCAUGCCUCUCAUGGUGUCCCGAUACAUGAGCCCGCAGACCGCCGAAGAUGAAGGGAUCAGCCGAAAAACAGUAUCCAGAGCCAGGACAAAGGAGGGCGCCUGGGUAUGUGCCUCGAUUUGGCAGAGUUUUAUUAAUCCGGAGCAUGAUCUGCGUCCCCGAGCAAGAGAGAUCAAGGCGCCCACGCUACUAGCUUGGGGUACUCGCGAUUUCGUCAUCCCGUUGAACAUCGGUGAAACUGCGCACAAGCUCAUAUCAGGAUCUAAACUCGAACUCUUCGACGCGGGACAUGUCGUCUUUUCGUCAAAGCCUGAGGAAUUUCUCCGGGUUGUGGAACCAUUCAUUCAAUCGACCUUGCAGCGACAGGAGGAAUAG